AUGGCUGCUGGGAACAGUGGGUUCACGGGAUCUCAUAACGACUUAAGGAUGUCGGACGAGCCAGGCGAAGUUGGGAAAACCAUGAAAGAAAGGCUCUCGGAACAAGAAGAACAAGACAAACCACGCACCCAGAAAACGUCAGAAACCCAAAAAGCAGUUGAGCAGCAGAGUGACAGGAACAACCCUACAGAUGAGGGAAAGACGAGUCAGGUUCAACAAGCGGAUGAGUCAGUGCAGGUGGGCCCAUCCCUGAUUACAGGUGAGAAGGGGAAAGUCAACGAAACAAGGCAUCAUACAGAUUCCGGGGGCAGUGGCCCCUUGGUAAAGCGGCCGAAGCAAGCUGUAACCCAGCCUGCUGCCAGACCCAGGUUCAAAAUCACUGCAAGUGAGUACACUCUAUUGUACUAA